GUCAUGACCCAUCAUAAAAUGCCAGAGCGCCCUUUCGAAAAUCAAAACCCCUAAACCCGAGCUAGCUUCCGUUUUCACCAUGUCCGAAACCCUAGACCGUUCCGGUCGCGAACCGGAACCCGAAACUCGAGUGCCGGAGAGCGUUAAGACGACGGAGAUGAGCUCUGGCAGAGCUGAGAUAGACACGUCAGCACCGUUCGAGUCGGUGAGGGAGGCCGUAACGCGGUUCGGCGGCAGCGCUGCCUGGAAGCCGCUCCAAAAGCUCGUGGACAGCCCAAAUCAGCACAGCUUCCAGGGGGUCAAUGUACUCAAAGUAGAAGAACAGGCUGCUCAAUUGGAGAAGGAUCUGAUCUUGAAAGAGCGGGAAACCCUUGAGGUCUUAAAAGAGCUGGAAUCAACGAAAAGGGUAGUGGAAGAAUUAAAAUCAAAGCUGCAAAAAGAAGCAUCAGAACCAAUUUCAUUUACAGAGAUAAAUUCAGAUAACAUGAAGAUAAAUCAUGUUGUAGAAAAAGAAAACCGAAAUCCGGAGAAUCUUGAUUUGGUUUCGGCAGGUUUGAGUCAAGGUGCUGCUUCAUCUCCAGGGCUGAUCUUAAUGGAAUUGAAGCAGGCGAAGGUGAAUUUGAAUAGAACGACGAACGAUCUUGCGGGGAUCCGGGCUUCCGUUGAAUCCCUCAACAGGAAGUUGGAAAAGGAGAAAACCUCGCUUGAGAAGACACGUGAACGGCUAGCGACGAAUUCUGCCAAGAUUUCAUCUUUGGAGGAAGAGCUGAACCGGACGAGACUGAAGCUGCAACUGACCAAAGACGUGGAAAACAGUGGCAGCAAGAAUCAGACGGAUAUCUCGAAGGAGCUCCAACAUCUGAGCACGGAAGCAGAACAGUUCAAAAACAUGGCGGAAACUGCUCGAUCUGAAGUUUCAAAAACGAUGACCGAGAUUGAACAGACAAAGACCAGUAUAAGAACGGCCGAGAUCAGGUGGCAUGCAGCCAAGAAGAUGCAAGAAGCAGCUCGAGCUGCUGAAGCUGUUGCUCUUGCAGAAAUCAAAGCUCUAACAAACAGUGAGAAUGCAAACACAGGUCCUCGGCAAAAGCCUGUUGGAGUAACCCUUUCGUUUGAGGAGUAUUCUGCUCUGACUAGCAAAGCUCGAGAAGCUGAGGAGAACUCGAAGAAGAGGAUUGAAUCUGCCAUGCUUCAUGUCGAUGAAGCAGAAGCCUCGAAAACGGCUAUCCUGAGAAAGGUAGAGGAAGCGUCGGAAGAAGUCAAGAUGAGCCAGAAGGCAUUGGAAGAGGCUCUCAACCGUGUUGAGGCGGCAAAUAGAGGAAAGCUUGCGGUCGAAGAAGCUCUACGGAAAUGGAGAUCGGAGCAUGGGCAGAAGAGGCGGUCUGUUCAUAACAAUACCAAGUUCAAGAACUCGUGCCUGUCCCACCAUCGAAGAGAUUCCCGGCUGCUUGAUGUGAACGGGCUGGACUUGGAGGCUAAUGGGUCGAAGAGCGUCUUGCAGCCCACGUUGUCAAUCGGGCAGAUCUUGAGCCGGAAGCUGCUGCUGCCGGAAGAGUUUGAAAUGGGGGUGGCAGCAGAGAGGAGGGAGAAGCCGAAGGUGUCGUUGGCUCAGAUGCUGAGCAAACGGAAUGCAGCUCUGUCGCCUCCAAGGACAGAGCGGGAAGAAGCGGGUGGUGGUCACAAGCAGUUCUCUGCGAAGCGGAAGAAGUUCGGACUUGGACGGAUUUCACUACUCUUGGCGAAGCAAAACAAGAAAAAGAAGAAGAAGCAGCGGCCCACCAGCCCAAGGUAAAGAUAGACUGUUAAAAUUGUUCAAUCUGCUUACUGUUUUUCUUGUUAUGUUGUUGGAUACUGUGGUUUCGAAGCUUGUUUGCUUGAUUUCAUGGUUUUAAGACUUGGAUGAGUCAAUCUGGCUUGUCUGAAUUGACUUGGAUUUGGUAACACCUCAUCCAGUUCGAUACCACGAGUCACUCCCAACUCGGUGAGUUGUGACUCAACUCAGGGCUGGACGAGUCGAUCCGAGUCUCCAAGUCUUUUAACCAUGCUUGAGUUAGUGUUUGCUGUAUCCACGUGGAUUGAGCUUUUCUUGUACUGUUUGGUGUCUAUAGAUGAUUGUGAUGAAUGUCCAAACACUCCAUGCAAAUCCAUACAAGAGAAAUGAUCAGAUGGAGU